AAUCCACACAAUUCACUCUGUCGCUCUCGAGAAAACCCACCUCAAAGAUCGUGCCUUUUUCGACCCCCUCGUCAUGGUCCGUCUAAGCAACAACCUUGUGGGGAUCCUCAACCUCGUCACCUUCCUCCUCUCGAUACUAAUCCUCGGCGCCGGCAUAUGGCUCUCUAAUCGGGCUAGCACCGACUGCGAGAAGUUCCUCGAGCGGCCCUUCAUCGCCCUCGGCGUCUUCCUCAUGCUUGUCUCCCUCACCGGCCUUAUCGGCGCUUGCUGCCGCGUGUCCUGGCUCCUCUGGCUCUACCUCCUUGUCAUGUUCUUACUCAUUGUCAUCAUGUUCUGCUUCACCAUCUUUGCCUUUGUCGUGACGAACAAGGGGGCUGGUGAGGCUCUCAGCGAGCGAGGGUAUAAGGAGUAUCGGCUCGGAGAUUACUCGCACUGGUUGCAGAAGCGUUUGAACAGCACCAAGAAUUGGAACAAGAUCAAGAGCUGCUUGAGCGACAACCAGGUUUGCUCGAGCUUUCAAGACAAGUACUUGAGCGACACGAUCGAGAAGUUUUACACCGAGCACUUGUCUGCUCUUCAGUCUGGUUGCUGCAAGCCAUCGAAUGACUGCAAUUUCACUUACGUGAGCCCGACAGUGUGGAACAAGACUGCUGGCGCUGUCUACUCCAACCCCGAUUGCAAUGCAUGGGACAAGGACCCCAAGGUUCUUUGCUACAAUUGCCAGUCGUGCAAGGCCGGGUUGCUGCACAAUGUCAAGAGCAACUGGAAGAAAGUGGCCGUGGUUAACAUCAUAUUCCUCCUUUUCCUCAUUGUUGUAUACACGGUGGGUUGCUGCGCCUUCAGGAACAAUAGAGAGGACAACUAUUAUGGUAGAUACAAGGGGCCCUACUAAAAUGAUUUAACGUACU